UUUGUUUGUCAAAUGUCAAAAGUACGGUAAUCAAAAAAUCAAAACCUAAUGGGUAUCUGACGAUUUGUGCGAAAAUUAUACAUAAAAUGGCUAGUGUAGGGUUUAGGUGGCUCGAUAUUUUAGAAAAAGAAUUUGAUAAGGCAUUCGUCGAUUUGGAUUUAGCUAUUGGGGAGUUAGAAGGAGAUGAGCCUGAUGUUGUUUAUAAUGUCAGACAAAAAUUGUGUACUCUCAGCUCCUGUUUUGCUCAACUUACCCAUAAGGCACAAACAAUUUUUCAAAACAGCGCCAAGAUCGAGGCCGAAUUGAUUCAUAUGCGAGCCGAAUUGGUCGAAUCGAAGUCGAAGCACGAAAUUUUGGAACAAGAGUUGCACAAUUUGAUUCUUCAAUUACACUCGUCGCAAUUGUCCCAAUUGCCAUCGUUAUCGUUAAAUAAAAAUCUAGAUCCGACAAAACAUGACAUUCACAACAUUAAAAAGCGACUUGACGAAGAAAUAAAAAACAGCCCUACGCGACUGCCAAACAUUAACAAAGACGGAAACGACGAGAUUAAAAUAAACCCUUAUUAUAUAGAAUUAACCCAGUUAAAGUCAGAAAAUGCACAAAUACAACUAGAAAAUGCUGCCUUGAGGAAUUCCAUUUUAGCCCUGAAUAGUGAGGUGUAUGGUGCCAAAUUGGCCGCCAAAUAUUUAGACAAAGAAUUAGCUGGAAGGAUCCAACAGCUACAGCUUCUAGGUAGAGAAAUGCGAGGCGAAAUUAGAGACAAGCUUUGGAGACAGUUAGAGUCGGAAAUAUUACUUCAGAGACAUAAGACUGUUGUGAGGGCUUGUAGAAGAAAUAGCGUGAUAUGUAAUUCGGAGGGUGGUGGAUCGAAGCCAAGCGUGCCCUCUAUAAACGAGGAGGAUGCCCAACAAUUUGGUGACGUCAGGACCGUAUUAGUCAAAAGAAAUGCCGGACAAGGACUUGGAAUUAGUAUAACAGGUGGUCGUGAACACGGCGUUCCCAUUUUGAUUUCGGAAUUGGAAUCAAAUGGUCCUGCUGCGUUAUCAGGACAGUUGUACAUAGGAGACGCUAUUUUAUCGGUUAAUGAUAGGGAUUUACGUCAGGCGUGUCAUAGAGAAGCUGUAGAAAUUUUACAGCAACAAUCUGGCGAUUGUCGACUAGAAGUACAAUACAUUGCCGCUGACGAUAGUGAUAAUUCUUUAGAGGAAGAUGGCCUAAAUUUUAGAUUCUUUGACCACGAAGUAUGCGAUCCGAACGAUUCCAUUAGUUUACAUCCCUUACAUUCCACGGGGUUAAUGAACACUCCAACCGCUCCGCGAACUCCCGAAUCAACCACUUGUAGCCGGACAGAAUCAAGAAACGGCAGUUCUUUUCCAAGUCCGAUUCCUCUGAUAAUUACAAAAACUGCCGACACAAAAAGUAAAAAAACAAUUGAAAUACAAAUGAACAAUAAUAUUGAUAAUAUUGUAACGAGCUUCGAUGAAACAGAAGAAAAUCGAAACAAUACACCCACGAACUCAACAAAAACUAUAAACGACAAUACUACAACUACUGAAUUGAUCACUGAUGAAGUUAAUAGCAACAACAUUCCCCUGAACAUGGAAUCAAAGACCGAAACUUUCACUAAUUCCAUUGAAAACUUGCAGUAUCGUUUAAAUAAAACCGUGGAAUUUUAUAGUAAGACAAAUAAGAAUAUCGAUCUUGCUCAGAAAACGACAUCGGUCGAUAACAAAGAAGAAAAUCUUAACUGUUCUACUAAUUCGCUUGUUUCGGAAAAUUUGUCGUCGCCAAUGCAGACUAGCGCUGACAUUUUCCUAGAUUCCGAAAUUCUUUCCACCGAUGUCGCUUCUAACGACUCGCACUCGCCUAAAAACAUCCAGAACAUUGAUAAAGUCGAUCAACACGACGACGAGACCGACAAAUUUGGCAAGUUGAUUGAAAUAAAAAGAUUUAACGAGUUUUGUUUGGAAGCAAAAAGAUCAAACGUGUGUAAUUACGAAGAAGAAGACCUUUCUAAUCCUAGAAGCGACCAAAGCCUUCUCAAUUCUGCCUCUGAAAGCUGUGAUAGCUCACCGUUGCACAAAACAAGUCUCGAUUACAAAAAGAAAGCCAAAAACAAAAAGUAUUUCGGCAUGAAAACGUUACAAAAUAUUUUCGCUCGUCACAACGGCUAUUCAGAUAUAUCUAGCACGGCUUCCGAGAUGGGAGAUGAUAACAAGGAGAUAGCUUACGAUGAUGGUGCAAAAAUUACAAAACAAGAAGAAAAUUAUUCGGAAAUCCAACACGAAAAUAUUGUGGACUCAACCAAACAAAAAAUAAUAUCGACUGCAGACGAUAUAACGGCUCAGUUUGAAGAAAAUAUUCACGCAUUUUUAUCGGAAACGUUUUCUAAAAGUAAAUUAUUCCUGGACCAGGCCACGAAUGGCAUGAAAAUUUAUCCGAGACAACAGAGUCAUAGUAUGCGCAUUGGAAAGGCUUUACGUUUGACAAAUGACGAUCAGACGGAAAUCAUCAUCAGCGAGAAUAACAAGGACAAGUAUACUAGGUAUGUCAGUGGAUCAAAUACGACGAAUAUAGAAGGAAUUGGUGAUCCCAGUUUUGGUACGCCCGUUUGAAAACAAUGAUAAAAACUAGCUGUACCGAGAUUAAAAUUUUGGACUCUGCAUUAAAAUUUUAAAAUACAAAACGUUUGCUUUGCCUAUCGAACAGAAUAAAACUAUAAAUGUUUUUGCUUUAAAAAAAAAUUAUCGCGCUUCAUUUACCUUACGUACACUACUAUUACUGUCUAAAAGCUUGUUCCAAAAUUUUAAAACUCGUACUGGUAAAUCGAUGCCAUUUCUGUUGAUAAUCAGGAAUCAAAAUUUUAUACCACAAUUCGUUUGUUUUUUAAGUUUCUUGGCACAUAAAAUAACUCAAUCGUAUGAUAAUGUGAUACAGAUAUUCAUUUGUGUGUAAGGAAUGUGGGGGGUAGUUGUAGACUAAAAAUAAACUUACUAUUACUUGUUAUCUAUUCAUUACAAAAUUUUUUAGUAAAACAAAGAUAUAGCGGAAAGCUACACUAAUUCGUCUUAUCAAACCUGCAACCUAAAAAGGGGCACUUGACUCCCCCAAAACAAUGUUUCAAACUUGCCGUCGAACUCCCCCCUGUCUGCAUUAUAUAUACAGUGUGUCACAAAUUGCUUAGGCUCAUGUUUAUCGACGUAAUUUUUUUAAAAACAUACUGGUAUCAAUCCUGAAGUUUUGUCAACAAAAAUGGGCAGUUGGGCCUUAUAAUCUCCUCAAAAUAGAUAGUAUUUAACAAAAGUAUUAGACAUUGAAAUAUCAUCUGCUUUUUAUAUAGAUACAUACUUAUAUAAUAAAAAAAAAUGGAUGAUAUUUUAGUUUACGAUAGGUAGGUGGAUUUUUAUAGAUGUAGGUAUGUAAUUUUACAACGCCUGAUGUGUGGCAACAAAAUAGAUAGACAGACAAAUGAAAUAACAUUAUAAUUAAAGCCCUUUCCUCCAGUACUUAUACAGAAUUUAGAAGCAGUAUACAUAGAUGUUGUACAUCUUUAAUACUUAAAUCGUGACGUAAAAUAGAUAAUUAAAGUUAAUGUCGCCGCUGUUAUUUACCGGUAUACUUAAAUAGCAGUAUUAUCUUUAUUAAUACCUAGCUAACAAUUAGUAAAUGUGCAUAAAAAAAAACUUUGGAUAAUAACACUGCUUAAAGGUAAUCAAAUACAAUCUUUGUUUUUGCUCAAACAAUUCGCCGAGAAUAAAGUUAGUUUAACCCUUUAAACGUUUUUCAAAUCAGUAUUACCUCACGUUGUUUGUUGUUGUCCUAUAUAAGCCGUUAAACUGAUAACUCAGCGUACCAUUUAUUUGUGGUAAAAGUUUGUUUAGUUUAUAAUAUAGUGGUAACUGUGUAGUACGUUUAUGUUGUAGUCGUGAAAGAUUUUAGUUUUUGUUUAAUAUACUAGUAAAAUUAUCCCGAAAAUCAAAUCAAUUUUGUGUUUAUUUAUGUUUAAAAAUUAACAAAAUAUCUUAGCACUUACGAGUUUUGCACGUAUGUAUAAUAUAUUCUAAAUAAUAAAUAACCAACACUAUUUCUGAACAAUGAUUAUUAUAUAAAAAAAUCUCUUGAGCGCUUUUAUCGUUUACUUUAAUUUAUUUCUUUUUAAUUCAAGAGUCCCACCUGAUAUUAUUUCCGUUUUUUUCUUCUUUUUCUUAUGCUUAACAAAGAAUAAGCCACAAGCUUGAAUGUUUUGAGAUUAUGCAGAAAAAACGUUAGCAAUCGUUUUGUUAAAUGCUCUGCUAGAAUAAGAACUUUGUGAAAUGUAUUUUUUUUUUAGUUUAUGCAUCAAUUAAUUUAUUAUAUACCUAAAAUUAAACUACCGUAUCUUACUUUGUUUUGUAUAUUACAAUAAGUCUGUGUAAUGUACCUUUUGUAAUGUUUCGAAGCAUAUCAUUAUUGCUUAAAAAAUAUUUAAUGCAUUACAUAAAAAAGUGAUAAUUACAUAUGUAUUCUGAUAAAUUCCUUAUAAUUUGCACAUAUCAGUGUCCUGUUGGAUCUAUAUUUUACAAAAUACAGAUAUGUGGUAGUUAUUCAUAUUUGAUUUACUUAAAUUUACUAUAGGAAGUAACUAUGAUCUAUUACAUUAAAAAAAAUGGUUAGUGAAUAAAAAUGAAUACAGUCCUGUAUUUAAUUCAACUUAAGAUAAAGAUUUAAUAUAUUUCUAUUACUUUUUUGUUUAAUUAUAAAAUAUAUGUCCAUAAAUGUUUUGUUUAUAAUCAUUAAUAUUUAUCACGAAUGUAGUGAAGUAUUGGAGAGAUAUACGCUGUUGACUACUGGCAUUUAAUUUUUUCUUUAUAACAAUUGUACGCCCCUAAUUGCUUUAAUAAAAUACAGCUUUUUAACAACACUGCAUUAAAAUUAAUUUUUGGGAAUCCCCGUUUUU